CUGGUGAUCGGUAUGCCCGGCGAGGCGACAGCACGCAUGGCCUUUGAGAAGCUCACAGACUUUGAUUUUGCGGGCACAACCUACUACAGCGUGAAGAAUCUCUCGCUUUACGAGUGCCAGGGCUGGUGUCGCGAGGAGGCCGACUGUCAAGCGGCUGCCUUCAGCUUUGUGGUCAACCCUCUGUCCCCAUCCCAGGAGACGCACUGCCAGCUACAGAAUGAUUCGUCGGCUGCGAACCCGACGGCGGCGCCCCAACGCUCGGCCAACAUGUAUUACAUGGUGAAGCUGCAGCUGCGCAGCGAGAAUGUCUGCCAUCGACCCUGGUCGUUCGAGCGUGUCCCCAACAAGGUUAUCCGUGGUCUGGACAAUGCUCUGAUCUACACUAGCACCAAGGAGGCCUGUUUGUCCGCCUGUCUUAACGAGAAACGUUUCAUUUGCCGCUCCGUGGAGUAUGACUACAAUAAUAUGAAGUGCGUGCUGAGCGACUCGGAUCGUCGCAGCUCCGGACAGUUUGUGCAGCUGGUCGAUGCUCAGGGUACGGACUACUUUGAGAACUUGUGCCUGAAGCCCGCUCAGGCCUGUAAAAAUACACGCUCCUUCGCCAAUGCCCGCAUGGGUGUUUCCGAAGAGAAAGUUGCCCAAUACGUGGGUCUCCACUACUACACCGAUAAGGAACUGCAGGUAACAUCGGAGUCUGCUUGCCGCCUGGCCUGCGAAAUCGAAUCGGAGUUCCUGUGCCGCUCCUUCUUGUAUUUGGGUCAGCCCCAGGGUGCACAGUACAACUGCCGUCUGUACCAUUUGGAUCACAAGACCCUGCCAGAUGGACCCUCAACGUAUCUGAACCACGAACGUCCGCUCAUCGAUCACGGUGAACCCAUUGGGCAGUACUUUGAAAAUCAGUGCGAGAAAUCUGCCGGCACACCGCCCGGCACAUUGGACAAGAUCGACACCCUGCCCGUCAGUCUCGAUGCCAUUGAGGACCCCAAUCUGACCAACUUGACCAGAAACGAUGUGAACUGCGACAAGACAGGCACCUGCUACGAUGUUUCUGUGCACUGCAAGGACACACGUAUUGCGGUUCAAGUACGCACCAAUAAGCCAUUCAAUGGUCGCAUCUAUGCGCUCGGCCGCUCCGAGACUUGCAACAUUGAUGUCAUCAACUCUGAUGCCUUCCGCCUCGAUCUGACCAUGGCCGGACAGGACUGCAAUACCCAAAGCGUGACGGGUGUCUAUUCGAAUACGGUUGUGCUGCAGCAUCACAGCGUCGUGAUGACCAAGGCGGACAAGAUCUACAAGGUGAAGUGCACGUAUGACAUGAGCUCCAAGAAUAUUACCUUCGGCAUGAUGCCCAUACGCGAUCCUGAGAUGAUUCACAUCAACUCAUCGCCCGAGGCGCCACCACCAAGGAUUCGUAUUUUGGAUACACGCCAGCGCGAGGUCGAAACUGUGCGCAUCGGCGAUCGCCUCAAUUUCCGCAUCGAGAUACCCGAAGACACACCUUAUGGCAUUUUCGCGCGUUCCUGCGUGGCUAUGGCCAAGGAUGCGCGCACCAGUUUCAAAAUCAUCGACGACGAUGGCUGUCCCACAGAUCCCACAAUCUUUCCCGGCUUCACGGCCGACGGCAAUGCCCUUCAGUCCACCUACGAGGCGUUCCGUUUCACCGAGAGCUACGGCGUCAUAUUCCAAUGCAAUGUCAAGUAUUGUCUCGGCCCGUGCGAGCCAGCUGUGUGUGAAUGGAACAUGGAGUCUUUCGAAUCAUUGGGCAGAAGGCGUCGUCGUUCCAUCGAAAGCAACGAAACCAAGAGCGAGGACGAUAUGAACAUCUCCCAAGAGAUUCUGGUCUUGGACUUCGGUGAUGAGAAACGUGAAUUCUUCAAGGCAGAUCCAAGCACAGACUUUGCCAAAGACAAGACUGUCACCAUUAUCGAGCCAUGCCCGACCAAGACGUCUGUGCUGGCGCUUGCUGUAACCUGCGCCUUGAUGAUUCUGCUCUAUAUCUCCACUCUGUUCUGCUAUUACAUGAAGAAAUGGAUGCAGCCGCACAAAAUCGUAGCAUAA